UUUGAAACUAAAAUUAAAAAUUAACCUUAAACUCUUUAAAUUCUGAUGGAAUCAUGCUAAAAUCACUUAUAUCAAGAAAUUUAAGGUUCAUGCAAAGUAGAAAUUUUUGUAGCAAGCGUUCAAAAUCUAAUCUCGAUUGUGACACACAACAUUUAGGAAAUAUUGCUUCAAAGUAUCAAAGAUUUCGUGAUGAAGACUCGGAAGUAAUAUUGGAUGUUCUGGAGGAACGACAGAAGUAUGCCAGACAAUUGGAAGAAAUUGAAAGUCCCGAUCCAUUUCAAGGGUUAAAUUUAGAGCGUGGUAGGACUGGUGUAUUUGAGAUAGUAGAUUUGGUUGAAGCAUUGAAACGUGAAAAUGCGGAUAAUAUAUUUGUAGCUACUGUUCCUGACGAAUAUAACUAUGUGGAUUAUAUCUGCGUUGUGAAUGGAAGAUCACUCAAGCACAUGAUGGCGAUUGCGCAGUUUAUAAGAAGAGUAUUUAAGCAAAAGCGAACCAACGAUGAUAUUGUACCAAAAUUGGAAGGUGCCGAUUCUAAGGAUUGGUUAGCUCUAGACUUAGGCAAUAUUGCAUUACACAUAUUUUCAAAAGAAGCUCGUGAAAAGUAUGAUUUGGAAUCUUUGUGGUCGGUCGGCACAGAAUAUGAUCCACAAACGCAUACGAAUGAUCCAUACACAGAAAUUCUGGAAAGUCACAGCAUUUUCCUAAAAGACUUACAGCCCGUCGACAUGAAGACUUAGUAUGCAGUAGAUGUUUAAUGUAAAUAAAUAUUUUAGACAAGCUACAAAGUUUGUGUUAUCUUGGGUGUUAAUCAUUAUUUAUAAUAGGAAUAACUAGAGCUAAAGAUAAGAUAAAUAUUAUCAAAACCACUUUUUAAAUUAGUGUAUGUACCUACUGU